GUGCCGCCAGAGGAGGUCCCCGGGGCCGAAGGUGCUUGCUUGAAGGGCAUCGCGCGCGGUCACAUUGUAGAUGAGGGGGUUAUCCCAGUGCGCGACUUCAAUGACUAUUUCUCCAAGCACUGCACGACUUGGGACGAGAUCGCUGAUGUAUUCUUUAAUGGUCGUAUCACUGAGGACGACAUGGUAAAGCCUUUGCACUACUGGGUGUUCGAAGAUAUCCAGCUCAUCGAACCCCUGUACAUACCGAAGGGGGGGCGCAUAACUUGGGUCGAUAUUCCGAAUAUGAACCGUGGUUAUAUCACGGCGUCUAACGCCCUUACCAACCCCGAGGUGCCACGGCCCAACCCACGUCAGCAACGCCCGUCCAAGGGCAAGGGCCGGCAGGUCGUCGACGACGACGACGACGACGACGAGUCUGGGACCAAGGGGGCCAAGGGCAAGGGCAAGGCGAGGAGUGCCCGGGGUCGCAGCGCGCUCAGCACGCCGCCGGGCACCAGCAGCUGCGCGGCGGCGAAGGCGGGGGGCCCCGGGGGGGCCGAGGGGGCCCAGCCGCAGCAGCCGCCCCAGGAUGCCGACGACGCAGCGGCAGCCGCUCACCCGGGCUCCGAGGCAGCCGACACCCUGAGCGCCACAACUCUGGACAUGUGCAACGAUGCAUCUGCUCAGGCGGCCCAGCAAGAGCAGGCUGACCAGGCGGCCCAGAAAGAGCAGGGGGCCCAGCAGGGGGAGUCAAGCGAGCCAGGGGGGAAUAUGGAGAGGGAGACGGGCCGGCAGGAGGCGCCGGAGGCGGCAGCGGCAGCGGCGGCCAUCACCCCCGCAUCCAGCGAAGCCGGGGCGGCGGCGCCUGUCCAGCUACAGCAGCCGCAGUGGCAGCCACAGCCGCUGGGCGGCGCGCCGCCGACGUCCUCCUUCACGGACUUGGCCGCGACGUCGUCGGUGGCGUCGGCGGGGGCCAAGUUUCCGAGCCUGCCGGCGGCGACGGGCGCAGACUCAGACCCUAAGGUGAAAGUGUCCGUGUCCCCUGAGGGGGCCGCAGCCCGCCUCGAUCGAGGCGAGAGCCUUCUCACCAAUGCCACUGCGAGCCCAGUCAAGAAAGCCAGAGUGGAGGCUGGCUGCGAUGAUGCUCACGCUGCUGCUGACGAUGAUGCAGACACUGUCGCAGGCGAGCCUGGUGCCCUCGAUCAGGAGAUGCAGCAAAUCAGCCGCGAGCUCUUUGAUGAUGAUGAUGCGGAGGGUCGGGUGAUUGAAAAGCUGCGCAUCCGAGACCAGGCGGUCGAGGAUGAGGAUGAGGGGAUGCGGCCGUCCGGCCGCCUGGCCCGGGCCCUGGAAGCUCGGCGCGUGAGGCGCCUGGAGGCCUCGGCGACUUUGCCGCAGCCAGCGCCGUGCGCGCGUAAGAGCGCGAGUCCUGCCGGGCCCCAGCCGCAGCUAGGGCAGAAGAGGUGCGCUAUGUUCGACUUCGAGUCUGCUGGCGGUCCGGCUGGCGGUCCACCAUCUGUGCUGGCGGCAUGUGGGCUGCCGCCUGGUGGGCUGCCUCAGACGCUCGCCCCCAGUGGGGCCGCCGCUGCCGAGACGGCAGCGACGGCCGGGCCGCCCGGGCACCUUCCUUGGACCAAGGGGCAGUCGUUCGAUGACUUCUUGCGCGGCCCACCUUUGCCGGAGGCAAGUGUGCCCUUGGCCGCCGCAGCACCAGCAGGGGGCGCCGCGGCCAAUGCCGAGGCCAAGGCCCCGCCGCCGCCGCGCCCUCACCCUGAGCCGCGGCGCAAGUGCAGCACUCCGCCGCAGCAGAAGCCGUGGGUGCACCCGUCGCAGCGGUACCCUCGCCGUCGCGGCGGGGUCCCAGUCGUUUCGUCCCUGCAGGAGGCCUUCGAGUGGCCCAAGUUCUACUUGGACAAGAUGAUGGCGGAUCAGGUGCAGCUGAACUCCGACUCGAGCGAGAGGAGGUUCCUGACGGAGCUGGCGUUGAAGUUCGAGGACCUGAGCAUCAGCACGGCAUUUUCUGGCAUCGACGCCCCGGGAGUUGCUCGCAACGACCUCGCGUGCGAGUUCGAGAGUAGGCUUCCUGGUGUCUGCGUUCGUAAGCCCGCUACCUUGCACCACAUCGAGAUUGACCAACAGGCUCAGGCAGAGUUGCUCCUCAUGCCCAAGGAAGAUUCAUGCGUCUUUAAGGAUAUCUGUGACUUCUUCCACCCGCAGUUGGUGGCCACGGGCGUCGUGGACCACUGCAAGAAGAAUACAGAUCAGGCCCACAAGUUGUUGGGCCCGAUUGUGAAGAACUUCAAGGCUGUCACCAAUUGCGCAGACUGUCUGAGGCACGGCAAGAGAUGCGUGAUCACAAUGGCAAAGGUCAACUUCUCAGGGAUCCCCUGCAUCGACUUUGCUUCGAUCGGCGCGCAUGAGCGCGAGGACGGGGACGCGGCGCUGGCCGUGCUGGCGUGGAUCGCCUUGCGCCUCUUAUUGCAGGAGCCGAUCAUAGUGGUGGAGAAUGUGAAAGAAUUCCCUACCAGCUUGUUGGCUGAGUACUUGGGCGACGGAGGGCAACACCGCGGCUUCUACUUCAUCGACCAGCACAUCGAUACGUCGUCCAACUUCGGCCUGCCUGUGAGCCGCGAGAGGAAGUGGCUGGUCCUGACCCACCGCGUGAAGACUAUGUCAGUGGUCAGCCCGGUGUCUGAUUUCGUGAGGCGCUUCCACAGGGUUGUCGGGAUCACUUGGAAGUCCUUCUUCGUAUCCUCCGAUGCCGUCGUCAAGGAUGCGCUUGAGAAGUCUGCAGCUCGGAAGAAAUCCAGGCACGCGAUCCUCGCCGAGAAGGGGGAAGCCCCAGCCCUGGACAUCCGUAAUGCGGAGUCGUGGGAGCUGGCCCUCACGGAGGUUGAGCACGCGAACCUGGAGACCUACAAGGACUCGUUCCCUGGCGGCAUCUUCUCCUUAUACCAGACGCUCUCAAGGGGGCGCGGGUCCUACGGCUACACGGACAUCAUGCAGACGCUCAUCAAGAACGUCGGGUACUACUGGGGCGACAUGCGUCCGCAGGCGUCACGGUGGCUGCUGCCAAUGGAGUGCUUGGUUUCUCAAGGGUUCCCCGUGAUGCAGGAG